UCUACUUUCACUUUUACAUGUACUUCCAAGAAACCUUUCAAUGGCCAAACGUCAGCAUCGCAUUUCUUUAUAAAGAACAAAGGAACCAAGAGCCUAAGGGUGUGAUUGUUGAUUUAGGCACCGAUUGUGGUAAUUUUCUGUCUAUAAAACCUAUAAUUUUGUCUAUUCUCAAUACUUACAGCGUGUGUUUAUUCUCCGGUUUUGCUAGAUAUCGUGCAGAGUCCGGAAAUAACACAGUUUUAUUAUGAAUAGUUUCAGGUUCAUCGUAAAAGGGACAAUGGACACUAAAAAGAAGUCUAUAUUGGCUGGAAAGAAACAGAAUGGAUCCAAUGAUGACAAGAAAAAGGUCAAAGCAAGGAGAAUAAUUUCACUCCAGACCCAGACCUCAGACGUAAAACAUAAGAGCUCGACUAAAAUUACAUCUAAGAGCAAGUUGUCCAUCAAAGGUAGGAAACGUAACAUUGGCUCUGGUGAUGCCGCGGGAUCUACAUGUAUCAAUCCAAAGCUUAAGGCUGCAAGAGUAGACAGGAAUAAAGAGGAAUCUGAAACAGGGUCUGGUGAUCAGAAAAGGGGUAAAUUAAACGUAGAAAGAAAAUCAAAUAUAAAGUAUGUAUAUCGAAUUCUUCGGCCUGGCGAAAGCUAUAAAUAUGGUCUGUACCCAAAAGAUAUUCAGUCGAGAAUAAGUAUCCAGCAACAUGUGGAAAGGGGAAGCAGAUGCCAAAAAUCGAAGUACAUUUCUUGUUGCAGAAGACUUUGCGCCAUAAAGAGGCUGGGAAAAUUUACAUAUGACACAAGUCAAGUAAGGGAUGUGCUAAGGAUAACCAUAGGCAGACUCAAAAACAACGUCCAAGUUAUAGAUCUAACUAAAGUUGAAAUACGCGAGCGUCACAUCGAACGCUCCUCAAAAGCUUGGGGGUACUCUGAAAGAUCCGAGGAAGUCAUCUUAGAGCCAACAUCUCAUGUACCUCCAGAAUGUUUAAAGAAAAUUGGAGAAAUUCGUUACAAAUUGUUUAGAAAAAUAUAAAUUAUGAUCCUGGUAUGCUUCAUUUCCAAAGGAAAAUUUUAUUGCAUUUAAUCAGCACUAUAGAGGAAGAUUAAUUGUUCCACGUCCUAAUUUGCUUAGAAAUAGUUAGAAUCUAUAAAAUUUUGUUUAAUCCAUGUAUCUUAGGUCCUUGGAGAAUGUCAAUCAAAAAGAAGGUCACCGUGACCUUAUUUUUAACGAAACACGGUUAUAUUAAAUAAUUUGAGGUCCUGAGUCACUCAAAAGCACCAAUCUUUGUCAUCUCGGGUACUUUUUAUCAACUGGUGUCUGUUAAAUUGUUUCACUGUACAUAGAUAUAUUUUUUAAGUUUCCUUAUUUUAAAUUGUAGAAAAAUGAAAUGUUAGACGGACAAAUUGAGAGAGAGAGAGAGAGAGGGAGAGAGAGAGAGAGAGAGAGAAUUUCUAUAUUCUUUCGUUACAUCAAUUUGUUAUUAUAUAGGGGUCUUUAUAUAAUGUAGUGCUUGCUCUGUAUAGUAUGUAUAAAUAUUUUAUCAUAUCUAAGUAUUAUUUUUACAGCACAUGCCGUUUUAGUUUAAAAUAUAUAUUAAAUGCACUUUAAAUGGCAGCAAAAGGAGAACUAUAUCUUUAUUAUUUUAAUAUAUUGUUAUAUAUUAUGAAUUUAUAAUAACUGUUUAUACAUAAUAUAUAUAACAUGACUGUAUAGAAAACAUUCUAUCAUGUGUACUCAUAUUAUGUAUGUAAG